AAUGGCUAAUCAAUUUGAUACAAUUUCAUUUCCUACCUCAUCAAAACUUCAUUAACACAAUCCUUCCUAUGAUUCACAUUUACACAAUAAAAUGAAUCAAUGUUCUUCUGAUAUUAACAUCCAUCAUAUCAACAGAGAAAUCUUUUUCAUUGCAGAUUAAGCAUUAAAAUUAAAAUAAACUAUUCAACAACACUCUGAUUUAUAUAAAUAUAUAAUUAGAAUUGUUGAAAUUAGCAUGAAAGCUAGAGAUGUGGAUAACAAUAAAAAAUUAUUGGAUGAUAUUGUUGAAGAAUUAUCAAUCAUUCUAACUCACUCCUUAAACUCAAAAACUAUUUACUUGUUGCUCAACAAAUUAAUUUAACUAUAUAAAAAAAAAUAAUCAAUCUUUAAUAAUAGUGAUACAAAUAUUAAAAAAUUUGCUUUAUUAUUUAAUAAUUAAUCUAAAACUCAAAAUAAAAUAUUUCUCAAUUUUAAAGAUUCACCAAGAAUUCAUAAUCUUUUUUAAAAAUCAUAAUCUCCUACUUCACAAUAUUCGAAUUCAAGAAUUUUCUAAGCUAAAAAUUAAGAUUAAAUCUAUCAAUUCUAAGAUCCAUACAAUAUUAACAAUGAACGUCUUAAAGCUAUAUUGGAUCCAUCAAUAAAUUCUCACAGAUAGAAAAACUAUUAUAUUUCCAAAUAUUGA